CUCGUUAUUACGCAUGCGUACAAUAAAAUUCUUCUGAUAUAGUUGCUUCCUUUUCCGUUUGACUUUACGAAAGAAGCAAAAUGGUACAACGACUAACCUAUCGACGGCGAUUGUCAUACAACACAAAAAGUAACAGGAGACGUGUAGUUCGUACUCCUGGUGGAAAAUUAGUAUAUCAAUACCUUAAGAAACCCAAGAAGAUCCCCAGAUGUGGUCAGUGCAAAGACAAAUUGAGAGGUAUUCAACCAGCUAGACCUAUGGAAAGAUCACGAAUGUGUAGACGUAAAAAGACUGUAAAACGAGUAUAUGGUGGUGUUCUCUGUCACAAAUGUGUCAAAGAAAGGAUUGUUCGUGCUUUCCUCAUCGAAGAACAGAAGAUUGUUAUAAAGGUGAUGAAAACUCAUGCGUUUGCAAAGUUGAAAAAAACAGGAAAAUAAUCGUUUCCUUUUUAUUAAUUAAAUAAAAUAUAUUU